UCUUUUUUCCUUUAAACCAAAAAUCUUGGUUCCUAAUCAUAUUAAUAUAAUUACUACUUGCUUUAACCUACAAUAUGUACUAGUUUCAAAAUGAGGAUACUAAUAUUCAUACUAACAAUCUCAUCACAGAACAGGUUAUGAUUUCCAUUUAUCCUGUGAGGAAUGUGAAGUUAAAUGACCAUGCCUUCAAAUAUUUUUUUUAAGUUAUUUAUGUAUGUAUGUAUGUAUGUAUUUAAGAUAGAGAGAGAGAGAGACAGGCAGAGGGAGAAGCAGGCUCCAUGCUGGAAGCCCAACGCAGGACUCAAUCCCAGGUCUCCAAGAUCACACCGUGUGCUGAAGGUGACGCUAAACUGCUAAACCACCGGGGCUGCCCUCCAUGUCUUCAAGUCUUUUGGAAAAAACUUCACUAAGUUGAUACUCAGCUUUGUUUUAUUUUUCUUUUGAUUUCUAGAGUUAAGAAUCCUUCCUUGGGCUAAAUACAUGAAGGGGGAUGGAGCCAAUAAAAAGAAGUGUUCCUGGGUUUCUGUCAGAAUGAAAUGAAAUGUUACAUAGAAAGCACACAAUAUAAAAAAAUAUUUAAAAAAAAAAAGAAAAGCACACAAUAAACCACAAGAGCUACGGGAAUGUAAAGUGCAAGUUACUAUGAUUAUUUCUCUGUAGCAAAGGCCAUCUUCACUCCCAGGUAGAGGAUGCUAUUGGCCAAAUUGUCCACAGCUCACUUGGGCCCUGACUUAGGGUCAAUUACUAGCCACUGGGGCCCAAUCAUCUCAAUUGGCCAUUUGACUUCUCCCUGUCUCAGAUUCCUUAUAUGUAAGAUGAGGCUGAAUUAGAAUACCCACCUCAUAGAUUUUCUGUGAAGAUCAAAGGAAAAUGUGCACCCUAUUAUAUAUUUUUCUUCUUCCCUCUCCCACUUCGAUCAGGGAAGCCAAGCUGUGUGGGGAACUGGGACCAUUUAGAAGAUGGCAACCAAACAGACAGAGUCAGUCACCAUCAUUAGCCUCCGGAAGCUGAGCCUGGAGACCCGAGAGCCACCACCAAAAGAGUCAAAGACAUUCACUGUGGAAGAUGCUGUGGAGACCAUUGGAUUUGGACGUUUCCACAUUGCCCUGUUUCUGAUCAUGGGCAGCACUGGGGUUGUUGAGGCCAUGGAGAUCAUGUUAAUAGCAGUCGUGUCUCCUGUCAUCCGCUGUGAAUGGCAGUUGGAGAAUUGGCAGGUGGCAUUAGUGACCACGAUGGUGUUUUUUGGCUACAUGGUAUUCAGCAUCCUCUUUGGCCUCCUAGCUGACAGAUACGGACGCUGGAAGAUUUUGCUCAUCUCAUUCCUGUGGGGAGCCUACUUCUCCUUGCUGACCUCUUUCUCUCCCUCCUACAUCUGGUUUGUCUUCCUGCGGACAAUGGUGGGCUGUGGCGUGUCUGGCCAUGCACAAGGGCUAAUCAUAAAGACUGAAUUUUUGCCUACAAAAUACCGAGGCUACAUGCUCCCCUUGUCUCAGGUUUUCUGGUUGGCUGGCUCCCUGCUUAUAAUCGGCCUGGCCUCUGUGGUCAUCCCCACCAUCGGGUGGCGAUGGCUCAUCCGCAUCGCCUCCAUUCCCGGCAUCAUCCUCAUCUUGGCCUUCAAGUUUAUCCCUGAGUCUGCUCGCUUCAAUGUCUCCACUGGGAACACUCAGGCUGCCCUGGCCACACUGCAGCGCAUCGCCAAGAUGAACCGCUCGGUCAUGCCAGAGGGGACACUGGUGGAGCCCAUCCUGGAAAAAAGAGGAAGAUUUGCAGACCUGUUGGAUGCUAAAUAUUUACGGACCACGUUACAGAUCUGGGUCAUAUGGCUGGGAAUCUCCUUCGCCUACUACGGGGUCAUCCUGGCCAGCGCCGAGCUGCUGGAGCGGGACCUGGUGUGUGGCUCGCGGUCCAAGGCCGAGGUGGUGGUGACCGUGAUGGACACGGAGGAGAGCCAGAGCCCCUGCCACUGCCACAUGUUUGCUCCCUCCGACUACAGGACCAUGAUCAUCAGCACCAUUGGCGAAAUUGCUCUGAAUCCUGUCAAUAUCCUGGGCAUUAAUUUCCUGGGAAGACGGCUGAGCCUUUCUAUCACCAUGGGCUGCACAGCUUUGUUCUUCCUUCUCCUCAACAUUUGCACAUCGAGCGCUGGCCUGAUUGGCUUCCUCUUCAUGCUGAGGGCUUUGGUGGCGGCCAACUUCAAUACCAUCUACAUUUAUACUGCUGAGGUCUACCCCACGAUGAUGCGUGCUUUGGGGAUGGGGACCAGUGGCUCCCUGUGUCGGAUUGGCGCGAUGGUGGCACCAUUCAUAUCCCAGGUUCUUAUGAGUGCAUCAUUCCUGGGUGCCCUGUGUCUUUUCUCAUCGGUCUGUGUCAUAUGUGCCAUUUCUGCAUUUACUCUCCCCAUUGAGACCAAAGGACGGGCCCUGCAGGUAAGUGAUGCAGAAAUCUCUUAAGUUUUCUCAACUUCCAUCUCGUGACCAAAGGAAAUGCACUUGGAGUAUGGAAGUUCUUUGAAGCAGACAAGACAUCCGGGUGUGUGCUAACACAAUGCUACUUGUUCAACGCGUUCCAGUAAAAAUACCUGGGUAUCCAGUUUUUUUGCAUGUAACUUUGAGCAGUACUGAAAUAAAAGUAACCAAGGAUUCACUCCAAAUCUUUGCUAAGCCCUUGAAAGAGGGUAUUUAUAGUGUGAUUUUUCUGAAUGAGGUCUCUAUUACACUAGAAUUAACAAAGCUACCGAUGGCAUUGUCAGGUACACAAGGGUAAAUGCUAGGGUCUGAAUUCCUUACAAGUUUAUUAAGAAGUCUAUUACUAGUUUCUAAUGCCAGACAGCUGAGGAUGAAUGGAGAAGGCUAUCUUCUGCUUAAAUGUACUGAUCUACUAAAUCACUUCUUAUUCCAGCAAAUUAAAUGAAGACCUUUGACUAAUGUCUACCAGAGAAGAAAAAUAAAUUUUAUCUUUACAAAGAGCUGUGGGACAUUUUUAAAAACUUGGUUUAAUUUUUGUAUACUACUUGGUAAUUAAAAAGUUGAUGGUGUAUUUUUGAAAAAUAAGGCACAAGAGAAUGAGGUGGGUAAACUUUAUAUUGUUAUCUUUCUUGGGGUACUAGCUUCUUUCUUUCUUUGACAUCAAAUCUAUUAACAUUUCUUAAAGAAAACAUACAUAUACUUGGAAUUUUCCCAUGAGGCCUGUAGCAAAAGUUGGCCUAAAAUUUGGUAGCUAAGGCAUGAACUUGGGGUUGUAUCAUUAAGCCUUUCAAAACGAAUUUAAAAUUAAAAUUGGCAUUUCUUUACAA